UAAUCUCCGCACAACAAUUCUUCACUCACUCACAUAGUAGCUAACUAGCUACCCUUCACCGGCCACCGCCACCUCGCUUCACUCUAGCAACCAUGAGCACCGUAGAAGAAUCAAACCCGAGCUCCGGCGCCGCCGUUCUUGACGCGAUCUUCGCUCAGAAGAAGGCUCUCCGAUCCAAAAUCAGAAGAGAUCUCAAGUCAAUGGAUCCCACCCAAAGAUCCCAAGAAGAUGAAGCAAUACAGAAUGCAGUUCUGAAAUCUCCAUGGUUUAAAGAUUGUAAGAGACUAUGUGCUUACAUUUGUUGUAGUGCUCUUCGAGAAGUUGAUACUUCUAAUAUACUUGCAGAAGUUCUUCAGACGCAGUCCAAAGAUCAAAAGAAGCUCUAUGUUCCACGUGUGGAGGACAAGAACAGAAACAUGCGAAUGUUGAACAUCUCAAGCACUGAAGAUUUAAUUCCAAAUUCAAUGAACAUUUUGGAACCAGGUCUGACAGAUGCUGAGGGAAAUGAACGUGAAGAUGUGUUGUUGGCUAAUGAACCUGUUGACUUGUUCCUUAUACCUGGACUUGGAUUUGACAAAGCUGGAAGGCGUAUAGGUCGUGGUGGAGGCUACUACGACACUUUCUUGACAAAAUAUCAAGAGCUAGCAAAGGCGCGAAAUUGGAAGCAACCUCUCAAGAUUGCACUUUCAUACUCGGUGCAGAUAGUGGAUGCCAUACCGGUUACUCCAGAUGAUGUUCUUGUCGAUGCCCUAAUAACACCAUCCGGAGUUAUUCCUAUUAGUCAAGCUGCGCGGGAGUUUUGCCUUUAAGUAUGAUGCUUUUCUAUGUCUGGAUUUCAUUACAACAGUUGAACCAAACGCAUUCCUUGGACAUUCUUGUUUGUUAUUUCAUUUCUGCAUCUCAUCUAAGGUUAUGUCAUAUGUAACCUGAUCACAGUAUUUAAAAGAACUCUAGGAUUAUGCAAUCCACAUUGUUUUGCCAGUCCAA